CUCAGACAUUCAAAAGAAAGCUAUCAGAAGCUGCAUGGCAGGAAAGCUUGACAAGUACAUACAAUGGCUACCUCAAAGUUCAACCUUUCGAUUCAUUUUGUCAUUCUUGUUAGUCGACAAGGAAAAGUGAGGCUGACCAAAUGGUUUUCACCCUAUUCCCAGAAGGAACGAUCUAAGGUAAUGCGGGAACUGAGUGGCAUAAUACUCAAUCGGGGCCCCAAGUUGUGCAACUUUGUGGAGUGGAGGGGGCUUAAAGUUGUGUAUAAAAGAUAUGCCAGCCUCUAUUUCUGCAUGUGUGUUGACCAGAACGAUAACGAACUGGAAACCCUUGAAAUAAUUCACCAUUAUGUUGAGAUACUGGAUCGCUAUUUCGGCAGCGUUUGUGAGCUGGACUUGAUUUUUAACUUUCAUAAGGCUUACUAUAUAUUGGAUGAGCUUCUGCUUGCUGGCGAGCUUCAAGAGUCAAGCAAGAGAACAGUCGGGCGGAUGAUAGCUACCCAUGAUCGAUUUGUGGAGGUUGCUAAAGAGGAGGCGAGUUCAAUAGGCACUUUGAUCGCACAAGUCCGCAUGUAGGAGAGGAGAUUGAUUCAUAUGAAAUGCACAAAUAUUGCUAUGAGUUCUACA